UUUGAGCGUAGAUAAGAGCGAGGAUUGGAAGUGGGCCACGGGCGCAUUCCGGCGAUGUGACUCACCAGCUGAGCUCCGCACAGAGGCGGCUGUAGCGAAGAGGCCGGCAGCAAACGACGUAUGCUGCUCCGCCGAAAUGCAAAACCACGGAUUCCCUCUGCUCGUUUGCUCUUUGUGCAUAGUCGCUGUCAGGCCGGAGCCGCUCGCGGCGCAAGACGAAACGGACGUGAUCUAUGCUGCGGUGGGGGCACCUAUUGUCCUUCAGGCAGAAGUAUCCGCUGACUCUCGAAGCGGCACAUGGAGGUUCAGUUGCAGAGACGUAGCUGUAUGGAUCGGUAACACGACAGAUGUCAACAACGAUUACUCGGACAGAGUGGAGUUGCUGAGUAACGGGUCUCUGACCCUCAGAUAUCUGACAGUGAACGACAGUGGAGAAUAUGUUGUUACCACGAACCCGACGUUCUCCAACUCAUCAGUCACAACCCGCAUGGAACUGAAAGUUCUGGUUCCCGUUUCGAAGCCUAUAGUUGUAGCCAACUUUUCUGAGGUCUUGGAGGGGCAUGGGAUUCUCACACUGUUUUGCGAAGUCACUGGUGAUUCACCCACGAUUCGUUGGUUGAAAGACGGAGAAUGGCUCCAAUAUCACGACAGAAUGAACAUUUCGGCGGAUAAUCUGACAGUAACAAUUGCAUCAGUCAAUAGGUCCGAUUCUGGAGGUUAUCAGUGCGAGGGGUACAACUCCGUUAGUACGCAAACAAGUGAUUUAAGAAAUCUGACGGUUUUCUAUGGACCAGAGAAUAUGAAUUUAUCCGUAAAACCAAUGGAUGAAGAUAUUACACUGGGAACAAAUGUCACCUUCGAGUGCUCUGCACAGUCCAUUCCGCAUCCCGAGUUCGAGUGGUUCUUUAACGGUGAAACGUUGGAUCACAGGGGGCCAAAACUAGAUCUGGUAGACGUUCGCCGAAAUAACAGUGGCAAUUAUACAUGCCAUGUCUAUAACAAUAUGACGGGCUAUUACAUGAGGUCAACAAGGACACUGAACCUGAUAGAGCCAAUCUCGAAGCCAUUAAUUACCACGGAUGUUUCACACCCUGUCGAACAUAAUGACACAGUGACGUUGACUUGUAAAGUUACCGGGGAUGUGAAGCGCAUUGAGUGGAUUCUGCCCGACGGCAUUGCCUUGAUAAAUGCAUCACUUGACAGUGUGAAUUUGACUAUAUCAUCAAUCGAUAGAUCAUAUUCCGGUGCAUACUCGUGCCAGGCAUGGGGUGUUGUUAACAAUGAAACAAGCGAACCUUUUUCAGUGAAAGUGUCUUAUGGACCGGAUGCAAUUAAAAUUACGUCUAAAGAUGAAGAAGAAACAUACACUGUCGAAUCAAAUCUCACGCUCAACUGUACUGCGGAUUCAGUUCCACCCGCGGAAUUUGAGUGGCAGCUAAAUGGAAAAAGUCUUGAAAUGAAAACACAGGAGCUUGUUAUUAUCAAUAUGACCAAACAUGACUUCGGAAAUUAUACCUGUCGUGCAUAUAACAACAUCACUAAAAUAUACGUCACGACAACAAAAGUAAUAGUUGCAAACGGCAUUUCCGUACCCCAAAUCACAUCCAGUUCCCAGGAACCGAUUGAGUACAACACAACCGUGACCCUCACCUGUGACGUGUCUGGUCAGCCAGUUUCCAUUCGAUGGAACAAAAACGAGCAUGCUCUCCCCGAAACCAAGAACACAAUACUCUCAGAGAGAAAUAAAACCUUAACGAUAACAGAAGUGAAGAGAAAUGACGCGGGGAACUACUCCUGUGAGGCGGUGGGUCAGAGCGAAUGGAAAGAGAGCAAGCUGUUCCAGCUAAUAGUUUACUACGGACCAGAUGAUCUCCAGCUAUUAAUGAGUCCCGAUUCAGCAUUUCACAGUGGGUUAAAUGUGACACUAACGUGCAAUGCAUCAUCCUUUCCAUCUUCGGCAUUUCAAUGGCUAUUCAAUGGAAACUCGCUACAACACAGCGAAGAGCAACUGGUGAUCCUCAACCUUCACCAAAAUAAAACAGGAAAUUAUACCUGCGAGGCCUUUAACAGCAAAACCGGACUCAGGAAACGGACAUCGGUACAAGUUUUCUUGACAGAAUCAAAUGAUCUGGAGGAGUACGGAAAUAAAUCCUGGAUCGCGGCUGCUGUCAUUGGUGUUCUGGUCAUCAUUGCUCUCAGUGCCUGCGCAUGCUUCAGAAACAGAAACUAAACAGGCGGAAAAGGUGUGGAUGGAAGAUUAUUGUGCACCAAAUCUAUCUAUUAAACACCAUAAAAAAAAGAGAAAUAUGCUGGAAAUUCUUACCCCAGACGUCUAUCUCCUGCUGAAAUCGUACUGUCAAAAGUCGCUUUCGAUUUGAGAAGUUUGUGUUGAUACCAUGUGAUGGGGCUGGUACAAUAUGGAUCCUGGCUUGCCUUUAUUAACCUGAUUAUGCAACAAUUGCGUCGUAGGGUUAUUUGAAAAGGGGCAGGUCUGCUGUAAUGACAGGCUCUUUAAUAUUUUUAUUAAAGUUAUAUUUUUCUUUGUA